GCACUGUAGGAACUCAUCGUAGACCGUUAGCUAGUAGGUAGCUACUCCACAUGAUGAAUUUGUCUAACUAUCAAAACACUGACAUUAAACCGUGAUUUACAUUACAAUGGAAAAUAAAGACAUUGGUCAACCCAGUAAUGGUAGCAGUCGCUGCACAUCCUUUAACUCUGAUUCUGACGACUAUCGAUGUUUGGUAAUUCUCACAGUGAAACGAGCUACAGCUACCUUUUCUUUAAUAGGAUGCGUCUUUAUGUUGUUUGUGAUCUGGCUCCUGCGCCGAUAUCACUCCCUGGCUCAGAAGAUGAUCCUCAGCCUGACGGUGGCCGCUCUCUUUGACAGCGUCGCGUACGUCAUGGGUGAGGACCACCAAGAGGGAGGACUGUGUACUUUUCAGGCCUGGUGGCUCAUGUACUUUGGUGAGUUCACGCACUGGCGACAUCCUUCAAAAGAGCAUAGGCCCCACCCACCCCCAUCAGGUGCAGAGCCAGCCUGCAGAACCACGGGGGCCAGAGCUGGACAGCGCUCCCGCCGCGCGGCCCUGCUCCAGGCGUCGGCCUCCACGGGCUCCGGUCGGGCCGGAGAAGCUCCGCCAGCGUCCCGGGUCUCAGCUGGGGGCCGGCUCUCGUCUGGGCAGCUGCAGGGGGGGACGCCAUUGCGAUGUGGGCCUGGUUUCGGCCUCUGUCCCCCGGUGAGCGAUGUGGGCCUGGUUUCGGCCUCUGUCCCCCCGGUGAGCGAUGUGGGCCUGGUUUCGGCCUCUGUCCCCCCGCGAUGUGGACCUGGUUUCGGCCUCUGUCCCCCGGUGAGCGAUGUGGGCCUGGUUUCGGCCUCUGUCCCCCGGCGAUGUGGGCCUGGCUUCGGCCUCUGUCCCCCGGUGAGCGAUGUGGGCCUGGUUUCGGCCUCUGUCCCCCCGGUGAGCGAUGUGGGCCUGGUUUCGGCCUCUGUCCCCCGCGAUGUGGGCCUGGUUUCGGCCUCUGUCCCCCCGGUGAGCGAUGUGGGCCUGGUUUCGGCCUCUGUCCCCCCGGUGAGCGAUGUGGGCCUGGUUUCGGCCUCUGUCCCCCCGCCUCUGUCCCCCGCGAUGUGGGCCUGGUUUCGGCCUCUGUCCCCCGGUGAGCGAUGUGGGCCUGGUUUCGGCCCCUGUCCCCCGGUGAGCGAUGUGGGCCUCUGUCCCCCGGUGAGCGAUGUGGGCCUGGUUUCGGCCCCUGUCCCCCACUGGAUCACAGACAGUCACGUAGCCUGGAGAUUUGGCAUAUGGUAUGUUCCACUGUUCACCUUGAUCUUCCUGAUGAUCUGCUGCUAUGCCCGCAUCAUCUAUGUGGCCAAUAAGAGGAUGCAGUCCUGGUUUGGAACAUUCAACCCUGAGAGGGAGAGAAGGAAGGUGUCCCUGGCAGAGGAGAUUCGGCCGCUGAAGUGGUACCCUUCAGUGUACCUGCUGGUGUCCCUCUUCCCUCUCAUAAACAGGCUGCACAACGCCUCGUACCCGCGGGAGCCGGUGUUCUCUCUGACCCUACUGCACGUGCUCUCCGCUCCGCUGCACGGCCUGGCCAACGCCGUCGUCUUCGGCCUGGACAAAGACACCUGGGGGCAGCUCAGUCUCACUGGCAUCCAGCUGGCCCUGCGCUCCAGGCUCUGUGAUCGGACGCAGAUCCGCGAGUACCACCCGGGGGCCGUCCGCUACUCGCCGGCGGACGAAGCGGGCUUCACCGACUCGGACGACGACACCAACGUGCUCUUCUACUCCCCGGACAUGGCUCUGAAGGACAGGGGUCCCUGAGGGAACGGAGACGGCGAGAGAGAGAGAGAGAGAGAGAGAGAGAGAGAGGAGGGGGGCGAGCGAGGCCUGCGCCCAGCCGCGUGCAGGAGGACAGCCAGGCAGACACUGGAGACGAGCUGUCAGCCUCCAUUAUUAAUUCCCAGCUCUUAAUAUUUAAUGUCAUAAAACUGCAGCUCCCCGCGCUGCCGCCGAGCCGUCAGACAUGCAGAGGACGCAGCACGCAGAGCCCCACAGACAAGAGGUGUGAGAAAGCGGGGAGGGGGAAGUGCACUAUCCCGAGAUUUUUGUGGCUUGAAAGAACAAUUUUGUAUUCCUGUUGUAUUCUCUUGUUUACACACAGUAUAUGUUUACUAUUGUAUCAUGUUGUUGCUUUUUUAUUUACACCUUAGAUUUUUUUUUUUUUUACUUUAUCUAACUACAUGUAAUGUGUCAUAUAACUUUGUUUUUUAAAGAUUUGGUCUGCUUACUAAAUAUAAGCAUGCAGUGUUCUCUAUAUUUGUAUAUUAUAUGUAUAUUUUUGGAUGAUUAUGACAGUGUGAGGCCGGCUACAGCGGGGGGGGGGGGGGG